AGAUGAAUGUUAACCGUUUUGCCAUGUAGCCAAAGUUUGGCUGUGCACCAACACACACUUGGCACAGCCCAGAGGACUAGGAGCAUUUCUUUAAUCAAAGCCUCCAGGGUCGACGGGUUCAAUCUGCUUUGUUCUUAGAUAAAAUGGAUGUGUAGUGAUAUGAGGGCAGGGACGUGGAAUUUCCACCCUUAUACUGAUUUUCCAGGAUUGUCUGGGUUUGGUUUCCUAAAUGUUCAUGUAGAGAAUCUUUCAUUUGCUUGCUGAUUGACGACGGUUACACGCCAAAGCACUUCUGACAGGCUUCUUCAGCAGCUAUUCAUUAUAAAAUAUGCCACAUUUAAUAGUAUUCAAGAAAUCUCUCUCUCAACCCUUCUUAAAUUCUCCUUUUUUCUGUCAGAUGAUGUCAUCAGAGCACCUGACCUGCGGUUGGCUUCAGCAGCUCCUCGUUGUUCUUCUGAAGCUUUGCCUCACUUUUGCUGGGCCUCUGCGACCACUCAAUGGGACCGAAUGCACAGCCAAGGGUCCUGCUUCCUACAUCCUGGUCUUUACAGGUCACUGGAGCCCACAGGCCUUCCCCAAGCAGUAUCCACUGUUCCGGCCCCCUGCACAGUGGUCCAAACUCAUAGCGGUCAGCCAUAAUCGCCAUUUUCGGCUGUGGGAGGAGGGUGCUGCAGCCAGUGCAGGGGUGCAGAGCUUCGCUGAAGUUGGGGUGACGGUGGAGCUGAUGAAGGCAGCCAAGGAGGCCAGGAAGAGACGUGCCGUCGGCGCCAUGCAAAGAACAGCCGGCAUCCCUAACGGCAUCGGGCACAGCUCCACAGAGUUGGUCAUGCUGCCCCGGAGCUCGCUGUUGUCCCUGAUGGUGAAGAUGAUCCCCAGUCCAGACUGGUUCGUUGGUGUGGAUAGCAUAAACCUCUGCGAGGGCAGCCGGUGGAAACAGGAAGUGACCAUUGACCUCCAGCCUUAUGAUGCAGGGACGGACAGUGGAUUCACUUUCUCAUCUCCCAACUUCCCUACCAGCCCCCAAGAAAACAUAACGAAGAUCACAUCUCAGAUGCCGAACCAUCCAGCCAACUCCUUCUACUAUCCACGUCUAAAGGAACUUCCACCUAUUGCCAGCAUAAUGAUCACCCAACAGCGGAGAUCAUCUGACCGUCACGCCACGAUGUCCAACCACAUUCUGCCAAACUCUAUCAUUCCCCAGCGCUUCUCAGCGACACCAUUGGACUGUGAAGUGUCUCCCUGGUCUUCCUGGGGUUUGUGUCUUGGUCCCUGCUCCAGAGGUGGUGUCCGCCACCGCACACGUUACAUCCUCUUGCGGCCGGCUAAUGCUGGCGUCCCGUGCCCUGAGCUGGAGGAACAGGCUGAAUGUGUACCGCACAGCUGUAUGAAACGCCAGUAAACCACUGAGCGCACAGAUACUGCCAGUAUUCAACACUGGGACUCUCAUGUUAUCACUGCUGGACUGAGAAACGUUGCUGCAUCUUGAUAAUGCAAAGGAUUUUUAAUGUUUGUCACAGUCGAGUUGUGGUAAUGAAAGACUUGCUGCUUUACCUGUGCAGCCUGUUUGUUUUUGAGUACACUCCUGUGAGUGUAUUUGAAUGACAAUAAAGGGAAAAUGAAGUCUGAGUGUAGCAGAGCAAUAGACGGUUAAAUAAUAUUUGAAAUAACACUUUGAAUGUGUUGAAAAAAGCGAUUUUUUUGUAAAGUGUCAUGGAUGUAGAUAGAAAAAUUGAAAAGGAAGAUGCAUGAAAAAUGUGUCCCCUCAAAUACUUGUUUGUUCCUUAUCAACAACAUACACAUGUAAUGCUGAUAGUGACACACAAAUCCUCCACACACUCUUACAGGUAUGCACCCAAAGGUCCUUGCACAUACUGCAUACUUUUACAAGCAUGGAAGCAUUACUUUACGUAAGUAACCUAUACAUGCUUGGCACAUACAGCUCCUUCAAAAUAACCUGACACCCCGAUUUAUAAAUAUCACCUACACAAAAAACAUGAACUUGAGUCUAAAGAAGCUGGCCUAUUUUAUAAGAUUUUUUUUUAGAAAGGUUUUUAUAGAAAGAAAGAUAAAUAUUUGUAUUAUCUCUUUUGAUAUUUUAAUGUUGAGCUUUUGUAUAUACUGUUUGAUGUAUCUUGUAUAACUCAUAAUAAAUAUGGA